AUAUAAGUGGAUAUAUGCCAUCUUGUAACCUGUCAUCUCCUAACAUACUUUUAACAUUUUUCUAUAUAGUAUUAACUUACAAAAUUAUCUUAAAUGGCUGCAUAGCUUUUAGAUGUACUGCAAAAUAACCCAUUUCCUGAUGUUGGGCAUUUUGGUUAGUUCUACUUUACUAUUAUAAACAACCUUAGAAGGAACAGUAACAACUUUGAGGCUCCUGUAGUUUCCUUAAUUCUUUACAAAGAUUUCAGUAGAAUAUGGCGGUGUCCCUUCUUCCACAAGAUGGAACUAUCUGGACAUCAUCUUUACCGACAAAACAAAAGUCCUUUUUUUGAUGGGCAAAAGGGCUACCUCACCGCGUUCUGUGCGCGUUCUUGUCUAGCUUACAGUCAGUGAAGUCGAGGGAGGGGAGGUUCCUCCCUAGCAAGCUGAGCGCCGCCACCUCCCAGGGUCUGACCUCCGUCAAGGUGACAGAGAAAGAGCAACCGGCAGCCCCCACCCCCCACACGUAGCGCGUGCGUGGGCGCGCGCAUGAGCGGACGUGCGAAUGCAGAGGGCGGCUGCGCGGCCAGUGCGACGCCUGGUGAAGUUCACACCCAGCACCUGAAAGAACGUUUCUGCUAUUGUUUCCUAGGCCUAUAAGCUAUUUAAACAACAGUGGUUACCUCCUGGGCGUGUUGUGAUGUACAGGAAUGUGUUUAUGAUCAUCUGAAUCUCAACCAUGUUGUCAAAUUGCUUGCAAAAUUUCUUAAAAAUUACAAGCCCUCAUCUAUAUUCAAGAUUAUGCCAGCAAUUAAUAGGAAAUAAAAGGAGGUUUUUUGGAACUGUGCCAACAUCCAGAAUUCGUAGGCGGGUUGUCAUUACAGGCAUUGGUUUAGUGACUCCUCUUGGUGUUGGAACGCAGCUGGUAUGGGAUCGUCUUAUCCGGGGAGAGAGUGGAAUUGUUUCACUGGUCGGUGAAGAAUAUAAGAGUAUCCCUUGCAGUGUUGCUGCUUUAGUGCCAAGAGGUUGUGCUGACGGUCAGUUCAACGAACAAAACUUUGUAUCCAGGUCAGAUAUCAAGUCCAUGUCUUCUCCCACCAUUAUGGCCAUUGGGGCUGCAGAGUUAGCCAUGAAAGAUUCUGACUGGCAUCCUCAAUCAGAAGCCGAUCGAGUGGCUACUGGCGUUGCAAUUGGCAUGGGAAUGGUUCCUCUUGAAGUUGUUUCUGAAACUGCUUUGAUGUUUCAGACAAAAGGUUACAGUAAAGUCAGCCCAUUCUUUGUCCCGAAGAUUCUGGUCAAUAUGGCAGCAGGGCAGGUCAGCAUUCGAUAUAAACUCAAGGGCCCCAAUCAUGCAGUGUCUACAGCCUGUACCACAGGAGCUCAUGCCGUGGGAGACUCUUUUAGAUUUAUAGCCCAUGGUGAUGCUGAUGUGAUGGUGGCUGGAGGUGCAGAUUCUUGCAUUAGCCCUUUAUCUCUUGCUGGGUUUUCCAGAGCCCGUGCUCUGAGCACAAACUCUGAUCCUAAGCUGGCCUGUCGGCCGUUUCACCCCAAGAGAGAUGGUUUUGUAAUGGGAGAAGGUGCAGCUGUGAUGGUACUGGAGGAACACGAUCAUGCUGUUCAACGAGGGGCCCGGAUCUAUGCAGAAGUUUUGGGCUAUGGCCUCUCAGGUGAUGCCGGUCACAUAACUGCACCUGAUCCCGAAGGAGAAGGCGCCUUAAGAUGUAUGGCUGCAGCUGUAAAAGAUGCAAGUGUACAACCUGAAGAGAUAUCCUAUGUCAAUGCACAUGCUACUUCCACACCAUUGGGAGAUGCUGCUGAAAACAAAGCUAUCAAACAUCUUUUCAAAGACCAUACCCGUGCCCUUGCGGUUUCUUCAACUAAGGGAGCCACGGGACAUCUGUUGGGAGCUGCAGGGGCAGUUGAGGCAGCUUUUACUGCUCUGGCUUGUUAUUAUCAAAAACUACCACCUACUUUAAACCUGGAUUGUACAGAACCAGAAUUUGAUCUCAAUUAUGUUCCACUAAAGGCACAAGAAUGGAAAAUUGAGAAAAGACGUAUUGGACUCACCAAUUCCUUUGGUUUUGGUGGUACUAACGCAACACUUUGUAUUGCUGCCAUGUAGGGCAAAUCUUUUUUUUUUUUUCUUUUUUAGGGGCAAAUCAUUUGUAAUUAGACAUUGAUUUUUAAAAAUGUUAUAAACUAUCUUAGGUGAAGAAAUAAAAUGUCUAUAGAAAUGUAUCAAUAUUUAUCUCUAUAUAUCUAUAUAGAUAUAUAUAUUAAUGCCCAGAUAACCUUUAUCUGUGUCAGGAUUUUUCACCCCUGCCACUACUGAUAUCUUGGGCAGGAUAAUUCUUUGUUGGGGGAAGGGGAGGUAUCCUAUAUAUUAUCGGAUGCUUUGCAGCAUCCUUGUCUUGACCCACAAGAUUCCAGUAGCACCCUCUUCUCUAGUUGUGACAACCAAAAAUGUCUCUAGACCUUGCCAGGUGUUUUCUGGGUGGCAAAAUAGUCCCCGUAUGAGAAACACUGAUCUAUAUUUUCCUCAUACUCUUGGUCAAACAACUCUUUGAUAUUUCACCUGCUCUUGUCCCUUCCACAAACAUUUGGUGAGUAGCUGCUCUGUGCUAGGCAAGGUUGUUGCACUGUACCACCCCAGGCUUACCAUUCGCAUAUAACAUAAGGGGAAGGAAUGUGCAUAUAACUGGGAGUUUGCAUCAUUGAGCAAUAUUCUUUGAAUAAAGCAGUCAUCCAAC